AUGUCUCCAAAUUCAUCAAAAACUCGAACUGAUCAUAGAGAUCCCAUGCUUGAUACCAAUAAAGUGACGAAGGUGGAAAGCAAGAAUGUUAUACGGGAUGCUGUCUCAGUAGAAUCAGAAACAGAAGUCAAUGGUACGUUCACAGCAAGAAAAAAACAAGAUGCAUCAUACGUCGGUUGGAAACAAGUUGGUGGUUGGGAGGAAAAGGACUCAUUAACCCCUGAAGAUCUUUUAGUAGAGGCAAACAAGGAUACCUUCUUAGGUAGCUUUUUACCAGAUAAAUUGUACGGUGAUUGGUACCACGAGGUUGCUAUCCUCAUUAUAGGUGCCCUGAGUUCAUUCGUGCUAGGUUAUUUUAAAUUAUCUCUCGCAUCUGUUCUUAUUGUGAUGCUAACUACAGGACUCCUAUAUAGAACCUCAUCAAAAAAAUAUAGGGAAUCUUUGAGAGAUUUAGCUCAAAAAGAACAAACUGUGGAGAAAAUUAGUAACGAUUACGAAUCAGUCGAAUGGUUAAACACCUUUUUAGACAAAUAUUGGCCUAUCAUCGAACCGUCUGUCUGCCAACAGAUUGUUGAUGGUACAAAUACUACUUUGUCUGAGAAUGAGGCAAUUCCUAAAAUAAUCAAAGCAAUAUGGCUAGACCAGUUUACAUUAGGUGUAAAACCUCCGAGAAUUGAUGCCAUCAAGACAUUCCAGAAUACAAAAUCAGAUGUCGUAGUUAUGGAUGUAUGUCUAUCAUUUACUCCACACGAAAUGUCUGAUCUCGACGCGAAGCAAUGCAGAAAUUAUGUAAAUUCUAAUGUCGUACUGAAAGCAAAAAUAUUCGGAAUGGAUAUACCAAUUUCCGUUAGCGACGUUUCCUUUCGAAUUUUUACUAGAUUUCGUUUCCAAUUAAUGACUACUUUGCCACUUGUUGAGACCAUAAACAUCCAAUUAUUGGAAGUACCUGAGAUUGAUUUUAUUGGCCGUUUACUAGGUAACUCCAUUUUCAAUUGGGAAAUUCUGGCCAUUCCUGGCCUAAUGAGAUUGAUUCAGAAGAUGGCCUUUAAAUACUUGAGUCCUGUUUUGCUUCCACCUUUCUCUUUACAGCUUAAUAUACCACAACUUCUUUCGAAGACUGGCUUACCUAUAGGAGUUCUGGAAAUCAAAGUUAAAAAUGCUCGUGGGUUAAAAGGACUUAUGGGUAUGAUAAAAAAAACAGUUGACCCUUACUUAACAUUUGAGCUCUCUGAUAAAGUGGUUGGUAAAACAAAGGUUUCUAAAAAUUCCACUGAUCCUGUUUGGAAUGAAUCCAUUUACAUUCUAUUACAAUCAUUCACUGAUCCACUAACAAUUACCGUAUAUGACAAACGCCAAGCAUUAAGUGAUAAAAAAAUGGGUGCUAUAAUUUUCAACUUGAACAAAUUACAUGCAAAUCACUAUCAAAAAAACGAAAAGGUACAUUUCCUAAGAAAUUCUAAACCUGUCGGAGAAUUGACAUUUGAUUUGCGAUUUUCCCCCACUAUUGAACAAAAGAAAUUACUCAACGGUGAUGAGGAACCUUUACCAGAUAUGAAUACAGGUAUUACUAAAAUCAUUAUUGAUGAGUUCAAGGGGUUAAAUGAAACUAGUGACAAAAAAACGAUCUUUGCGGAGUUGUAUAUUAAUGCAAAAUUGGUACUGACCACCAAAAAAGAAAAAAUAACCACCCACUUGAAAUGGAACUCAGACUACUGUUCUGUAAUAACAGAUCGUAGAAAAACUAUUUGUAGAUUUGUCUUAAAAGACCAAAGCGGAAAAGUUGUUUCAUCUACAGUACAACCUCUAAAUCAUUUGAUAGAUAGGACAGAGGUUGAUAAAGAAUGGAUUCCUCUAAGAGAUGGAAAGGGGGAACUAAAGAUUAAAACUUAUUGGAGGCCGGUGGACAUUGACCUUGGAUUGAAAAGUGUCGGAUAUACUACUCCUAUUGGUAUGCUAAGAGUAUUCAUCAAUAAAGCUGGGAACUUGAGAAACCCGGACAGCUUGGGAAAGAUAAGUCCUUACGCAAGGGUAUCUGUCAACGGUAUAGCAAGAGGUAUGACAAAUCAAAGAAUGGAGACGUUGAAUCCUAUAUGGAAUCAAUCAAUUUACGUGUCUGUAACAUCUCCCUUGCAGAAAGUCUCCGUCGAAUGUUUUGGUACAGAUGCAAAUGGCGACGACCAUACUCUCGGGAGCUUUAACAUCCAGACUCAAAACAUAUACCAUAAAGACAAUGAUGAUAAAUAUACCAUUUUUAUUGAUGAUACUCCAAGAACUGGCAACUUGCUUGGGAAAAAGGGCGUAAAAGGGGUUGUUACGUAUUAUUUGUCAUUUUACCCAAUUGUUCCUGUACUAAGUCUGGAAGAGGCGAAGGAAGUAGACAGUAUAAACAAAAAGAAGGAAAUUCUAGAAAAGCAAAAAGGUGUUUUGGAUAAUAAGAAUACCUCAAAGGAAGAGAAGGAGAGAAUCAAAAAGGAAGAGACCAGACUCAAUGAAAGGUGUGACAUAUAUAGUUAUAAGAUGAAGCUUGAUCUUGAUGAACUGCUGCAGUACAACGCUGGUGUAUUAGGUGUAACUGUAUUAGGCGGAGAACUACCCCAACCUGGGCUUUAUGUUCAAACAUUUUUUGAUUCUUAUGGAUAUGCCGCAAUAGCCAGUGCCAAAAAUGCUAUUAGAACCAUUAAAACAGGCUGGUCUGGCGAUUUUAUGAUAAAAGAACUUGAGUGGUCCGUAACUACAUUUAGAGUGACAAAGAUUAAAGACGCAAAUAAAGCGGAAGAUUUUAUUUGUGAGGUUAAAAUUCCAACAAUUGAAUUAGUGAAAAAUUGCUAUUACAAGCCCUCAGUUUUGAAUCUUAUCGGCAAAAAAAGUGCCAAACUGUUGGUUCAAGUGUCAUGGUUCCCAAUAAAUGCAUCGGAAUUGCCUCAAUCGGAUUUGAUUACAAACUCUGGUGACCUGAAAAUUACCGCUAAAGGCGCUGAAAACCUGAUUGGUGUCAACAAAAAUGGUUAUUCCGAUCCAUAUGUUGAAUUCUUCCUGAAUGAAAAGAGUAACUCACCCUUUUUCAAAACCGCCGUCCAAAAAAAGACAUUAAAUCCUACUUGGAACGAAAGCAAGACCAUUGAAAUUUCGAACCGUGUCAACGACUAUUUGACAGUUGAUGUUAAAGACUAUGAGUCUACUAAUUCCAAUAGAAGUAUUGGAAAAGCCAUUAUUCCAUUGUCAACUAUCCACCCAGAGGACAAUACCACCUUUAAUAUACCGUUAGUGGGACUAAAAGGAGAGGAUGGUGGUGUGUUGAAUCUUGAGUUUGAAUUUGAACCCCGCUAUACUACCAAUGUAGUCAAACGCGAGGCUAAGUUUGGAAAUUUUGCUACGAAAGGGUUGGGUACCGGUAUCAAAGCUGGAUCUACAGUUUUCGCAAUGGGAACUAAUGUUGUUAGUACCGGGUUAGGUGUCUUUGGUGGAAAGAAACGUACACAUACUGAGGACGAAAAAUCCAAAGAAAAACUGUAG